AUGUCCUCUUCUUCCUCAUCGAUCUCCUCUCGUCAACUCGCUUUCCUCGUCUCCAUUCACAUUGCGCUAACCUUGAUCACCAAUUUCCCAUCAGGAUUCACGAACUCGACAGUGAACACAGCUGUCGAGCCACUUUUGAGAUAUAUCAACAUCUCCUACACCGAACGUGAAUGGGAUUUCACCUCGCAAGAUAUUCUAUGGAUCCACUCAGCUAUUUUAAACGUUUGGUUCUUGGCGCAAGUCUUUGGCGCCACCAUCGCUCCGUAUUUCACAGAUAAAUACGGACGAAAGAGAGGUUACUUGAUCGGUGUCGCGUUUACCCUGUGCUCUUCGAUUGUUCAAGCGUUCUCGAUUCGCAUUAAAAUGCCUGAAUUGUUGAUUUUGGGUCGAGCGAUGACAGCUUUUGCUUCGCCACUCUGUGACACUUGUCUAAUCAUGUACAUUCAGGAAACAGCUCCAGUUGAGCUGCGUGGAAUGCUCUCGUUUUUACCUGAGAUUGGCUAUGGUUCGAUGUGUGUGCUGGGGAGUAUUCUAGGAAUGCCUGAAGUGCUUGGCUCAUCGCUUGAGCGCCUUUUGCUCGUCUCUCUCAUCCCCGAAGUGCUCUCAUUGCUCUUUUUACUUUGCAUCCCGGAGACACCAAAAUAUUUGAUGAUUAUCAAAGGAAAUCGCGAAAAAUCGUUGAAAUCACUCGAGUUCUUCCAAGGGAAACGGGAAAAAGUCAAUCAAUUUAUGCUAGCCACGUAUCAAAAAGAGAAAGAAUUGGACACAAGCGGAAAGAAGAGAUCAUCGAUUUGGGAAGUGAUCCGGAAAUGGCAACUCCGUCGCUCGGUGCUCCUUGGUUGUUCGGUGUUUGUCUUGACUCUUUCAUUCUAUCCAAUGCUUCAAUCGUCGACUUUCUUCUUUUUAAGAUCCGGAUUCAGAAAAGAUUUGGCCGAAAUGUCAUCAACAGGUCUGCUCGUUUUAAUGACAAUCUCCACUUGUCUCGGCUCGCAAAUCAUCGAUCGUUUCCCCCGUCGAACGCUCGUUCUCACAUUCGGAGCACUUAGUAAUAUCUUUCUCCUUGCAUUCGCCAUCUUCUCUAGUCUUCCUCACAAUCUUUGGAUUCAAUGGGCUGGUCUAGCAAGCAUCGUCUGCUAUAUUAUCACGUUUGCACUCGUUUUGGGUCCAAUCGGUUGGUUCAUCGCUCCAGAGUUGGUCUCUCAACGCCACAAGAGUACCGUCUUCGCUUUGUGCUACUCGAUCGGCAAUGUGAUGAUCACGAUCACGAAUUUCUCAGUCGUUCCAUUGUUCAAAGCAAUCGGCGGUGUCACUUUCAUCCCGCUUUUCGUCAUUCCAUCCGCUUUUUGCCUCAUUUUUCUCUAUUUCUGUCUACCAGAGACUCUAGGCAAAGAAACCCAUGAGAUUAUCGAAGAAAUGACGGGAAGAAAGAAAUCGAGAAAGCAAAAGAAUUUGCAACGAGUUGGCGACGAGAAAUCAGCGGGUAUUCCGGUGCAAUUCGUGAACGAGGAAUCGGAUUCCGAUUCUGAUGACGAGCAAUACAAUGAGACUGUGAUCGAGAAAUUC